AUACGAGCGCCGGAAGAGAAGCAGGUGUCUGCCUUGGCCAUCUUGAGCUGUUGCUCGAAGCCUCGAAGAAUCGGAGGAUAAUCCCGUUGUUGGGGCGCCAUCAUGCCGGGGCAUCUGCAAGAAGGCUUCGGCUGCGUCGUGACCAAUCGGUUCGACCAGUUAUUGGAUGACGAAUCCGACCCCUUCGAGAUAUUAAAGGCGGCCGAGAACAAGAAGAAAGAAGCGGCCGCGUCAGGCGCCUCGAAGACAGCAGCUCAAGCCGCCAAACAGCCGAAGAAAGAGUCCCAGAAAGACAGGAGAAAUACAGCGCAGGACAAGAAAGAAGAAACCCAGGCUCCCGUGCCGCUUAAGAAAGAGGGGAUGAGGAGGGUUGGCCGGAGGCCGGAGCAGCAGGGUCAGGUCAUUUCCCAGCAUCAGGGAGGUCAAGGAGAGGCUCGGCCCGGCGACAGACGACCCGAGAGACGCCCUCCUCGUGAACGACGCUUUGAGAAACCAGCUGAAGAGAAGCCAGAGGGGGGAGAGUUCACUGUGGACAAGUCAUUAGGGGACAGGCCCUCUAGAGGUCGUGGUGGAGGCCGCGGGGCCAGAGGAGGUCGUGGACGGGGCAUGGGACGAGGAGAUGGAUUAGAUUCCCGAGGCAAACGUGACUUUGACAGACACAGCGGCAAUGACAAAUCUCGACAGAAAGGAGAGGAGAAGCGCGGUGGGAGUGGCUUGCACAACUGGGGAAAUGUGAAGGAAGAAGCCAGUGAGCUGGAUCAGUCUGCAGCACCGGAGCCUGUUCCUGAAGGUGAAGAUCACACUCCUGCCGACUCUGAAAACAAGGAGAAUGAAGCCGAGGAGGUGAAGGAGGAAGGUCCUAAGGAGAUGACACUGGAUGAGUGGAAGGCCAUGCAAGACAAAGAACGCUCCAAAGUUGAGUUCAACAUCCGCAAGCCCAACGAGGGCAACGACGGUCAGUGGAAGAAGGGCUACGUACUGCACAAGUCAAAGAGUGAGGAAGCUGGCACGCGGCAUGCUGGAUCUGUGAUUGAAGCUGGAGAUGUUGAUCCUGACGCGUUCCAAAAGUCUGAUGAGGGGGGAGAUCACCACUUCCGGAAGCCUGCCAAUGACAUCACCUCCCAGCUGGAGAUAAACUUCGGAGACUUGGGUCGGCCGGGCCGCGGCCGAGGAGGAUCUCGUGGAGGCCGAGGAGCUCGAGGAGGAGGAGGAGGAGGAGGAGGAGGACGGCCAGGCCGAGGAGGAGGCGGAGGCAGAUCUGAGAAGGGUGGAGGCAUUUCCGUUCCCAAUGUGGAUGAUCCCGAGGCUUUUCCAGCCCUGGCUUAAACCUUCCUCCAGGCCCUGCUCCUCCUCUUCGACGCUUGCAUGCUUACGGAUCAUUCGACCAUAGAAACCAGAAAAGAGAAAUACACCAGACUGUCAUCCAUACACUGAGAACUGACUUUUACCUGCGGAAAAACACAAAAAGGACUUCUUGUUACACUGAAGCAAAUUAUGGGUAGAGGUUUUGUAUUUAGAGACAUGAUAGCAGGGAUGUUCAUACAGUAUUUUUUUUUUUCUUCUUUUUUUCCAGAGAUUAUGCGUUUGCCAUAUUUUUUUAUUGUUGCCUGAAUGUAUGCAUUUUUCAAGAUAGAAUCUCAAUGGCUCUACCAAAAGCAGAACGUUUUUGUUUUUCUCCAAGUGAGAAUACGAGACUCGUAGUGAUGAUUUUACUAUUAACAUAUAUACAUGGAAUAAUGUAUAUUGACUAUUUUAAAUGUUUUGAAAGAAAGCUCUAAGGUCAGGCUACCCUCCUGUCAUUUGGAGUUUUUUUCUUGACCGGUAGCGAGAAGCAAAUGCAUCGUCUUGAUCUUGCUUUGGUGUUUUCUGUCGUCCUCUGCUGGACCCGUGAUAUUAGUAUGCAUAGUUAUCUUUGUUCCUCAGAGAGACUAUUUCCUCAUCUUGUUGGAGCUCAAUGGAGAUCCAGGCUGGUCCUUGUAAGUUCAUCUCUUAGAAACUUUAGGACCACUUUCUGAACUGUAAAUGUGGGUGAAGUGUGUGUGUGUGUGUGUGAGAGACAAAACCUGUUUUUAAAAACUCAUCAUCUGCCAUAAGUUUAUUUUCCUUAGCGUAGAUGGUAAGUUUGUGCAAGUCAUGUUCUUAACAUGAAGUUUUAUUGACAUUUUAGUAAGUUUUCUCUAGCUGAGGUUGUUGACAUAUCUUGCACUUAGAUUAUGGUGACGUUUGAAAUCUAGCUACUAAGCACGUGGUCUGUUUGCAUCAGUACCAUUUGUUUAUUUUUAUUCCUUCUGUGAUCUUUGCAGUGUUUUUAUUUUGAAUUAUUACUAUGAUGGCACUACUGCUUGCGUUUUCUGAGAAAAAAAUCAAAUAAAAAGUGUAAUUCAGGGUGGGACAACGGUGUGCUGAGAAAGAAAAGUUGGAAGCAGUUUCUUCUGUAUGUGAGCUAGCGAGACCUCCAGGUGUGAUGGACGAUGUACUCUGUAUUCAUUGCAGGAGGGACAAUAAAGUGGAAGACGACACUA